AUGUACGCUAAUCCUAAAAAGGAAGAAAGUGCUGCCUUACGUCAGCCAGUCACGUCCGGGAGUGUGUCGCGUCGUUCGCGACCUACCAAACGCUGCGGCAAGAGCUCGAUUGGUCUUCAACCAAUUCCCCAGUUACUAUUCUACGCCGAAUUCUGUGUGCCUGAUUGGGGCUCACUAUGGAUAUCCGGAAUUUUUUUGGCGGGAAGCCAAGUCAAGGCUCCAGCGACGCCGCCGCGAAGCCCGCGGCCAAAAAAGAGCGCCCUUUGA